AUGGAUGGGCCGUCGGAGGCCGCGAGUUCCAGCGGGAGUGAAUGGCUGUGGCGCGGCUUUUGCCCUCGCGGCGAUUGCAAGAAAGCUGGCUCGUGCAUCUUCUCGGACCCUGACAGGGACAUCGUGAAGGAAAAGGUGGCGAACCACUUGUGGUGUUCUACCUACCACAACGAGGACAACGCCCUCGAGUGGGAGGCGGCGUUGCAGGAGGCAGACAAUGACGCGUUCAUUGUCUACGAGCUGGGCACGCAGAAGAGCAAGAAGCGCCCCGCGCCAUCCGUGGAACCGCAGCCAGGGCGGGCCGUUCAACAGCGGUCUUCAGGACCAGUCGGCCAGUACAAGUCGAAGACAGUGGUGACGCGGGACAUCACGGUGCGCAAGGGCGAGCUGCAGCAGGUCAUGGAUUGCCUUGACAGGUCUCUGACUGCGACGGAGCACGCCGCGACCAUCGCACGCAGCGCAGCGAAGGCGUUCGAGGACAGCGCUGCUGCGAUCUCGGGCGCCAAGAAGACGCUCGAGAGCAUCUGCAUGCGCCAC